AUGAUGAAAGUCAUAGUUUUAUCCGCAACUUAAUUGAGACUCCUCCUUUUAGUCCAGAGAGAAGAUAGAAAAUAGAAAUAGAAUCCAAAAUUUACCUCUACUUCAAAUCUUCACAAUAUCUAGCCACUAGUAUCUUAAAAAUCAACACUAAGUCUUAUGAAUAACAAAUCUACUGCUAAAUUUUAGCAUAUAGCUUCUUAACUUAACCUUCCAACAUAAUAGUCACUGCAAAAUAUAGAUGAAAUCAGAAAAUCAAUUAUCUUAAGAGAAACUAAACAAAAUUCUUGUUUAAAUUAAGCAUGCCUUCAAACUGAAUGCUGUUUGCUUGAAGCUAAUAGAAAAAUAUAAGUACUUCGUUAGCAAAUCGAUGAUAUUUACUUGAUUCUUCUUGACAAAGAAGGCUAAUUAAUGGAAUAGGAACAAAACAAUUAAAUUUUAUAGCUAAAGCUCGACUAGUAUCAAAAUAUUGAAAGGUGUGAUUAAGAGAUGCAAACUACCGAGGACUUCAAGAUUUUAUUUACCCCGCACAAUUAAGAUACAGGAGAUACAAUCUCUAGUGUUCAUCUUGAUGAUACUAUGAAUAGAAAAAGAUCUAAAGUUACUCUGAAGACUUAAAAAUAUCACCAACCAUCUCUAAUGAUAAAUGAUAAGGAAGUAUUAAGUCCUAUGCACUUCAAAAUGAACAAGGCUAGAAAUGGAAAGGUAAUGGAGAGUCAGAUACCUUUAGACAUCAAGUUUUCAUUGGUAUAUGAUGAAAGCAUACAAGAUAUUGAAUAAUUCGAUGAUGAAAAUGAUGUCCAAAGCAUGCCGCACACUAAUGAAAACAGCUAAUAGUUUAGCUAUCCAUAAACUAAUGAAUAAUCUGCUGAACUAUUUUAGUAUUCUCGUUAAGAUGAUGAAAAUACUAAUGCUGGUGGUGUGUAAAUGAGGCCUAUUAAUACAACUAUCGAACUCAACCCUUAAAAUAUUAAGAUGAAAUAUUAAGAUCGAAACAAUUAGUCCUCAUUAGAAAGACACUAGCAGCUAGUAAAGUAGUAACUUACAGGCAUCGACCAUAAUUAGAAAGUCAAUUUCAGAGUGAUGCAAUCAUAAGCAGAUCUUCACUAAAUUAAUCAUUUUCAAUCUUAAUAAAAGAUAUAGCCUUGUAAAACAGUAAAGGAGUUACUUGGUAAAACUUAAUCACUUAAGGGAGUAAAUAGCAAUCUGAUAACUAGCCCUAAAAACUUGCCAAUAGCUGGUACGUAAAAGCUACCAUUAGCUUUCAGUUCUCCAUCAUCCUAAUAAAGUAGCUAAUAGACUCUGGACAGACAAUAUUCUUCAGCGACUUUUAGCUAGAAUUAUUAAUCCACUCGAGACUUGAGCAAGACUAGCAGUGUCUCUUCUCUAUUCUAAAAUGGCGGCUUACUUCAAUAAAAAAUUUACGAACUGGAGGUAAUCAAAUAUUAAAGCUUAUUAUUUUUAUAGAACUUUAAUAAAGAACUUUCGUUUUAUUUGCAAAAUGGAGGAAGCAUUAGUAAAGAUCAAUGCCAAGUAAUGCUCAAUAAAAAUCGUGAGUGCAGGAUAAUGAUAAAGAGCCAGGCUUCUUAGAAUGAUAAUAUGGAGGUCAUCAAUUCUUUAAUACAGAAAAAUGAAGACUUGCUGUUUGAGUUCAAGAGAAUAUUUGUGUAUUAGCAGUGA